AAUGUUUCCAAUAGGAUGACUGACACACAAGACAGCACAGAGAUGCUUCUAAGGAAAGCUAGGGAGAGGAGGGCCAGGAAUCCAGAAAAUUUGCUACUUCAACGGGAGAAAACUGGCUCAGAAAAAAUGUUAUCAUCAGGUACUCAAAGUAUUGCAAGCGGAAUUAGAUCCCCAACCCCUGCCCGUAAAACCUACAAUACAACUGCUGGAAUUGGUAUGGGAGUUAGUAAAGGUGUGGCUGGUGGAGUUAAGGGUGCCAGAGUUACUCCAAAACGUGAGGUGAAAGCUGUACCACUCGAAGAGAUUGAGGAUGACUUCGAAUGUCUGCAAGAAAGAAUGAGGAAUAGAUUCAAACAAAAUUCUCCAGACUUAAAAGAAAAUCUUUUGUCGCCCAAAACAAUGACAACCGGGACCAAAAGGACUUUCUUCGAUAACCCUAGCACAGAAAACAAAAGGAACCCCCUCUCACCAAGCAGGCAGAGUAAUGUUAUGUCCCCUACUAAGAAGUUUUUCCCAGAUUUAAAAUCUGACGAUACUGUUGAGCCAAUGGCUCCGAAAAGGACAACAAGCCGUUUGGGGAAAAAAGAUUUUAAAUACUCAAGUCAAACAAAAUCCGAUGAACUAUCUAAUGAACCUAAACCAGCUCCUCAAGUUAUAUCUCCUACAAAGAAUAUUUCAUCUCCUGUCAAGAGAAUAGAUUCCACUUGCAGGACUGCUUCACCUAAAAGACAGGAAUCUCACCCCACCCCAACACCUGUGAACAACUUAGGAUCACCAGUGAAGAGAGUCGAGUCAACUAAAGGAUCAAAUUCACCUUUGAAACGGGUGGACUCCAUGAACAGGUCACCAGCAAGGAAACAUUCGCCAGUCAAGAUUACGUCAUCUUUUAGAUCACGUGGUUCCCCUUCAACCAGCAACUCCCCCAAUAAAGGAGCUUCCUCCCCUGGAGGGGGUCUCAGAACCAUGCCCUCAAUCCGUGUCAAACCCAACAGCGUAGUAAGCAGGGCCCUUGCGAAGCUGCAGAGUAACUGUUCAGAAGAUGAGUCUGAUUCAGAAGAUGAGUCAUGUCUUCCCAAACCUGUGGAAACUGUUGCUAAACCUCAAGAAGUGGUCCACGAAAAAGUCACCGAAUCACCUCAAAAUAAGAGUGAGAUUAAACCAAAAGAAGCUACCCCAGGGAGAAGCAACACCACUGUGGACGACAGCAUGUUCAUCAAUAACAACAUGGCCCAGAUCCAACAUGAUCUAGAUGCUAUGAAGAGCGAUAUUAUAAAGGAGGAGUCAGAACACGAAGAAAGCCAAAACACCGAGGACUCAGGAAGUAGUUUUGAGGAUUUAUGUGACGAAGUACUACCAGACACACCAGCUGACCCUAUUACCAAGAUGAAUAUAGAACCUGAGAGGGAAGCAGAGGAGUCAAUGGAGACUGAUGAUAGUUUGGAGGAUUUGGUUAAUGAUGUCAUGCCUUCACCUUCUAAAGAGGAGGGCGACAUGACGGAGGAUUCGGAAUGGUUGGACUUCUCCCCGGAUGUUCGAGACAAACAGAACACCUCAUUGAAACGAGACGCAGACUGUCUCGCUGAAUCUGUACUGGGGAGUGUGGAGAGUUUUAUUAGCUGUGAUCUGACUACCACUUCUACUGCUAAACAGGUGCCAAGGAAUGAACGAACCAAAGCGCUUUCGCCCGUUCAGCCUCUAAAGAAGAUGAGAAGAUCGAUGUCGGUGUCAGAUAUCCCUAAUGCCAAAUCUUCCCCCGCUCGCUUUGUUAGACUGGAUAACCUCAGAUCUUCAUCUUCUUCUCUGCGUUCCCGCAACGUAAACUUCGGAAGCCAAAGCAGUAAAGACAGCAGCAGCAGUACGAGCAGAGGUAGUGGUUACUACAGUUACAACAGUAGUCAGGAAGAUGUUACCCCCGUUAAAAAGGGGAAGAGUAACUCAUACAAGGGCCCACUGGAGGAGGGCACUUUGGAGAUCAGACCUCCAUUUGAGCAAGUCAAGGUACUGGAGCAAGGGAUAAUGGUACAGAAAGAACUGGAAACUCAAGCUGCCCAACUUCUUGAACAUUGUCAGUACGGACUAGAGCAGGUGGAGGCAGAGAAACUCCUCUUGGUUGCUGGAUUAAAAAAGAACUUGUGGAACUACCAUUUGGCGGAAGUGAAGGACGAAAAGCAUAUCUUCUCUAGUGAAGAGGUGCCUAAAGGAUACCUAGAAAUCAAAGGAAUAUCGAUGCUCCUGAGACAGGAUUACUUGGUUAACAAAGUCGUGGAAACAAAGAAAAACCAAGCUUUCUUCGUUGUGGUAAAAGUAUCCCCUUACCGGAUCCUGACCACCAAUAUUGCUACUUCUGAGUGUAAUAUUCACGGGACCAACCUCUCAAUCUCUGAUACUAUCGUUAUUGACAACUUACCGCCCGACUACAAGAUCACACUCGAGGUUUAUUGUAUGUCCUAUAAUAUGAUGAACAAUGCAACCCCCGCGAGGAAGACUAGUAAGGUAUCCAACACUCCGAAGAAGCUGUUCCAGAAUGCUAUCAACAAGAUUGGAGCUCAGAAAAAGACUGCUAAUCCGUUAGCCUCAUCCAUGGAAUCGUAUAGCAAAUCAGGGAGCACGACACCUCGUGGAGGCUCAACCAGCUCGCGCGGUGGCGCUAAGAAGAGUGCUUCCCAAGAGAACAAGUUCGCUUUGGCGGGAACGUUAAACCUGUCCAUCAAAGAUGCGAAAAAAGAUCAGUUCCGGUUAAGAAGGGCUCCGUUCCACUCACCGUUCGAAGGUACAAUCAAUCUGUCAAUGACCGCUAAAGAGGCCAUCUCAUCCCAACCUCCCUCCCACAAAGGAUUCUUGACAAUAUUCCAAGACGAGUCCGGUUUAGGAGCCUGGAACAGAAGGUGGUGUAGUGUUCAGGAUAACAAGAUCUACUACUGGCUCUACCCCGAGGAUGAGGUCAACCAGAAUAAGCAACCCCACGGUGAAAUCGACCUCAGGAACUGCAAAACAGAGACUGUCUCAGUAGCGUCCCGUCUGGACUGCGCUCGUCCCAACACAUUCGUCCUAGUGAUCAUGGCGGCAGCUCAACCUGGUGACAGAACCAGCAUCAUUACAGAGAGCAAUGGCAAGACCACACAGACCAAAUACCUUUUAUCAGCGGACAGCCGAGAGGAACGAAAACAAUGGAUGGAAGUGCUGAACAAGUGUUUACAGUCUGUACACUCUUGGAACCACUGAGCACUCACGUGACUGUAACGUGAGCAUGUCACGUGAUUAACUCCAGACUUUGUCAGUAGCAGCAGCAGUGUAACAUGAACAUUAACUGUAAUAUUCAUGUGCGAUAUUAUUAGAGAGAAACAGGAAGUUGAGAAUUGUGAUGUAAAACACAGAAUGUGUUUGUUCAGUCGCAGUAGAAAAACAAGGGAACUUUCGUUAUCUGCAUUGAGACUUUCGGCUGAUUGAGAGAUGACAUUAUGGAAUCCAUACGGAGAUGGAUAUCCAGGCGGCCGCAACGUCUACAAAACGUCGGUUGUUGUAAUUGGACAAUUUAUUUAAUCGUUGCACGUGAAAGUGUAUAUUCUGUAUUAGGUGAGGACAGCAAAUUGAUUGUUAGAAUUUAAUUGUUAAUGGUUAUGUAGUUUCAAAACGUGCGCAUGAGAUACCUGCGACUAUAAAUAACUUUGUUUUGUUUUGGGAAUGUUGGUUGGAAGAUGGCCAACACAAAAUCGUUAAAAAAUAACCCUUUUUUUCUGUUGUUUGUUUUUGAUUUCCGUUUAAUGUCUCAAAAUAAAUUGUAAAGUGUUUAAGAGAUUUUCAAUCAAAAGGUGAACGCUUUAACUCAAACUGUCAACCAUCACAUCCAGUUAUUUUUGCAGACUUUUCAUUUCCAGUAGUAAUACUCAUCAGCAAACGUGUAUAUCACUUGUAUGUAUCUUUCUGAGGAUCGAUAACAUGUUAUAUUUUUAUACCGAUUUUGGUUGAUAAAUUAAUAUGUCAAUAAAUAUUAUGAGAACUUUGUUGAAACAUAA